AUGGGGCACGGCGCCAGCUGCGGCCGCCCCAGCGAGGAGGUGGACUUCUUCGGCGCGGCGCAGUCCGGCGACCUCGCCCGCCUCGCCGCCGCCGUCACCUCCCGCCCAUCCCUCCUCCGGCGCACCACGCUCUUCGACCGCCUCUCCGCACUCCACAUCGCCGCCGCCCACGGCCACCUCCAGGUGGUCUCCAUGGCAUUGGAUCUUUGCGUGCAGCCGGACGUCGUUAACCGCCACAAGCAGACGGCGCUGAUGCUGGCGGCGAUGCACGGCCGGACCGAGUGCGUGCGACGACUGCUCGACGCCGGCGCCAAUAUCCUGAUGUUCGAUUCGUCGCACGGCCGGACGUGCCUGCACUACGCGGCGUACUACGGGCACUCGGACUGCCUCCGGGCCAUCCUCUCGGCGGCCCGGACCUCGCCGGUGUCGCAAUCCUGGGGGUACGCGCGGUUCGUGAACGUGCGGGACGACACCGGGGCGACGCCGCUGCACCUGGCGGCGCGGCAGGGCUGGCGCCGCUGCGUCCACGUCCUGCUCGAGAGCGGCGCCAUCGUGUCCGCCUCCAGCGGCGCCUUCGGAUUCCCCGGGAGCACGCCGCUGCACCUGGCCGCGCGCGGCGGGAGCCUCGACUGCGUCCGGCAGCUGCUCUCCUGGGGCGCCGACCGUCUCCAGCGAGACUCCGUCGGGAGAAUUCCAUACGAGGUUGCGGUGAAGCGAGGGCACGCCGCGUGCGCGGCGCUGCUGAACCCGUCGUCGGCAGAGCCGCUGGUGUGGCCGUCCCCUCUCAAGUUCAUCACCGAGCUGGAACCGGACGCCAAGGCGCUGCUGGAGGCGGCUCUGAUGGAGGCCAACAGGGAGAGGGAGAAGAGGAUCCUGAAAGGGGCCAAGAACUCGGCACCAUCUCCCUCACGUUCAGAUGACAGCGCCACCAUCUCCGAGGGCGGCGGCGCUGAGGAGGUGUGCAGCAUCUGCUUCGAGCAGGCGUGCACGAUCGAGGUCCAGGAGUGCGGGCACCAGAUGUGCGCGGCGUGCACGCUGGCGCUGUGCUGCCACACCAAGCCCAACCCGGCCACGCACAGCCAGCCGAUGCCCGUCUGCCCCUUCUGCCGCGGCAGCAUCACCCGGCUGGCGGUGGCCACCAGGUCCACCGCAGGCGACGACGAGGACGAAGACGACGACGAGGAAGGAGAAGACAGGCUGCAGUCUUCUCCGAUGCACCGGAGGUCCCGCCGGUCCCUGAACCUCAGCGGCGACGGGGGCAGCACCAGCAGCCUCAUGGGCAGCAUCGCCUCGUCCAUCGGCAAGAUGGGCCGGCGCAAGGCCGACAGCACCGAGCUGCUGCAGGUCGACGACGACAAGCCGUAGACAGACAGACGGAAUGCUCCCUCGGCAUUCAUUCGUUCGUUCAGUAAGUCAGUCAGUGCGACUACUAUGGCGGAGCGUCACGAUACGUCAUCGUCAAUCAUGGAGCUGGAGCUGGAGCUAGUGUACUAUUUUUGUAGAUUAUAUUUUUGGGGCAAUUGUUCUUCUUCCAUGCUUCUGUGUAUGUAGAUUCAAUCCCAAGUUGUAGACUAGUAGGUCCAGUCCGAAUAAGAGCGCGCGCAGUCCUUGCCUGUAGCCCCCAUCCCCUCCCGUGAAGUUGUCGAAAUGAAAGGUUGUACAUGUCCGGAUUCA